AUGGGGCCCUGCCGCUCGCCCAGCCCGCCGAUCCUCGACGCGUAUCUAGCGCCAUCGUUCGCCCCCUCCGCGCGCCCCGGCGCCGGCCCCGCCGCGCCCAGCCUGCGCCGCAGCGGGCCCGGCGUCGGAGCACAGCGUCUUGGGCGCGCACGCAUGGUCGCGGUGCGCGCGGCGGACAAAGGCGCCCUGGCGGCCCUGCGGGACGACGUCGCGCGCUUUGUAGCGCGCUAUGACCCCGUUGCUACUGGGCUGGGCAGCCUCAGCCUGUGCGGCUACUGCAUGGUGGUGCACGGCCAGAGCGCCGCCGAGGCACUGCAGAUGUCGGCGCUUGCGACGGUUCUGGGCAUGGUGGGUGCUCGCUGA